CUUUGGGUGGGUGAGCAUGUGACAGAUUUUUGUUCAAUCACACAGACUUCCAGUCAUUUCCUGUCGAUCGUUUAUAGUUCUGCACUGAAUCUGUUCAUGAUAUCAUUGUGAAGUCACUGAAGUGCAUUUUCACUUGGACUCUUCUGCAUCCCAGACACUUUUCUUCAGCAUUUAAUAUUACAGUGUAGUGACUUGAUGAAUGGCAACAAAAUAGUGAUUGAAAUUAUCAAUAUGAUAGUUUUGGGAGGAUAAGUUGGAAUUAGUAUGAUCAACGGCAUUCAAUUGAAAUAGGCUACACUGUUUUUGUUUUAUCACUCAGAAAGGGAAGUUUGCUAUACGCUCAUACAGAUAAAUAUAAAUUCAACACCCUUCCGCUACCUCGGAAGAACCGGAAUAAACAUCGGAAUAGCGGUUCAUCAGAUUCCCCGAGUGAGCGUGUGACCCGUAAGAAGAGCUUCGUCGACAUGGCGAAGAGGAAAAUGAGUCGUGGGACGAAGGAAACGGUACUGCCGCAGCCCGAGACCCCGAAGAAAGUCGGUGUUGAUAAGGAUGUAGACAAACUGAGGGGGUCUGAGAAGGCAGUAUUAACAGCAUUAAAAUGGUUUCUAGAUGUUGUUCAGAAGGAAACUCUCAUCAUGUUGCCUGGGAGUACAACCAAAGUUCUUCAAGAGAUCAUGGAACUCAAUACAACACUCAAUGCUUGCCUCAAACAAGAAGAAAGCUCUGCAUUGAGUUCCCGGCAUAGCCAGGUAUACCAGAGCCUGGCUAAUCUGAUCCACUGGGCUGACAAGAUAGUUCUCUAUGGUCAAUCAGUCAUGGACAAGAAUCAGGGCACUCAAGUGACCAGUGCUGUCCAGAAUGGCAUUAGUGAACUGGUCAAGCUCUCCAUCGAGAAACUCCAACUCCAGGACAAGAACCGGAACGAGGCCGGACGCCAGUCUCCCUCGGGAUCCGUGUCGUCCUCAUCAGAGCAGACCUCGUCUAGUCUGAAGGGUCAAGGAUCGCUGUCCUCAGCGUCAUCAUCACCGGUCAGCCCUCAUGGGUCACCGAAGGCUCUUAAUAAUUGCAAUGCUAAUAGGAGACCCUCGGAUAAUGUCGAAGCAAUCUUAGUUGAUCAGCGCCCUCUUAGUCCCCGAGAGCAGGAGAUCCUUCAGAAGUCUCCUAUAUCUCCUUUCUGCCCGGUGGAGUUUGGUAGUCCGGUCAUUGACCCCACCAACGCACCGCCCAAACCUCCUCUUCCCGUUCAACGGGUUCUUCUCACAGACAACUUGACUGUACCUCCACUGCCACCGAAGAAAACCAAGCGUAGUUCUCUGUACGACAACGAGCCCAGCGAUGGCCCCUUCCCAAUGCACCCUUCACUGCAUAAUAACAACAAUCCCCACCUAAGCCGAUCCUAUUCAGGCAGUUCAAUGUCAGUGACUAGCCAGCAGUCGGACCUGAGCAACACAAGCUCUCACAGUCGACCCGACUCCAUGCAUAGUACACAGCUUUCAAGUUAUCACAGUGACGACUGGGAUACAUCCACGACUACAACCGAACAAAGCAUUGAUAUGUCAAGACUUUCCUACAUGUCUGGGCGCUCUGAGGGCACCCUAAGUCCCACUCCCGUGGGUCAGACUUUGCAAGCGUAUUCCAUGAGUGAAUCAGUUACGAUCUAUCAGGAGAGGAGACUUAUAAAUGGGGGUUAUACCAGUGUAGGGGGUGGUGGGGAGAGUAGCGGGGGUGACAGUACGCCGCCUCCUGCUCUCCCUAUCAAGGUCAAGCCCAGGACUGUUAGGCAACUGUCGGCUUAUGAGAACCUUAAACCUGAGGAAGCAGACGCUCUGUGCCAGAAGCUCCAGGAGGAGGUCUUUGUUUCGGAGGCACCCCAACCUGACGUGGUGGCAUGUGCAACACCGAAAGGGAUUGCUAAGUUUACGUCGAGUGGGGAUAUUGAUCUUAGGCAAGAAUCGGAUGGUCCGCCUCCUCUGCCACCAAAAACGAACAAACACAUCAACACUUACCUUGAUCUUGUUGGAGGCUACAACACGGACGGCGUAGAACUGUCCUUCCAGCAAUCGUCAAUCUCCACCCAAAUGUUGUCUUACAACUGCUCAUCAAACCACGCCUCACCGUACGAGUACAUGCAACGCCGGGAAGAGUUCUUCCAGGCGUCCUACCGCCUUGAUGGCCAAGGACUUUCUGACUCUGUCUCUACCUGCAGUACAUGUAGCGUGGCAAGAGGUCAUCAUUCACAGCAGGAGCGGUUUGAGAUGUCACCGGGGAUCGCGGGACGGAGCUAUGACAAGGGAUAUGAGACCAUGUCACAGGGUAGUCACGAUAGCGAUGAGCUGCCUCCAGCGAUUCCACCGAAAAAGAAGGGCUCGGUUCCUAAUAGUUCUGAGCUGAGGUCAAGGCAUUAUACAAACCCUGAGAGGCCGUCAUCACCUAUGUAUGAUCUCAAAAAGAAAUCAGAAAGCAUGAUUGAGAAUGGUGACCAGCAACACUCGCACAAUGGUGCGCAGCUACCUGUGUCCGCAAGACUGCCGUCAGAAGUGGAGUCUGAACCAGAAGAAAGUUUUAGUGAAGGCGGUAUUCUAGACAUGUUAGAUGUCAGUGAACUCUUAUCAUGGAGUCUGGAGGAGAAAGAUAAUCCUGUGAAAGGUGGUCCUAUUGAUGCACUGAUUGUAUAUGCAGCAGAUGCAGACAGGAAAGAUCUAGUGUACUAUGAGGCUUUUCUGACAACAUACAGAAUGUUCAUCAACUCAAGAGAUCUACUCAACAAACUGCUUUACAGAUAUAAGAAGUUUCGCCACAAGACUGACAUGAAAUCUAGGCGAGCCAACCGUAAUGCAUUCUUCUUACUGCUAAGGGUAGCUGGAGAUCUCAUCGGGCAAACAGAGGAUGACAUCUUGAAGAUGUUGAUGGAGCUGGUAUUCCAACUCCUCUGUGACGGUGAGCUCAUGCUGGCCAAGAUCCUCCGAGAUAAGGUCCUCACCAAGAUAGAGAACAACAAGAAAGCGCUCACCACGCAAAGCAAGCAUCUCUGGGGCGUCGGCAUCUCCAUCUCGAGGCCAUCAAUAAAUGAGAUAUCGGGUCAAGAGAUUGCUGAACAAAUGACCAUUCUGGAUUCAGAACUCUUCCAGAAAAUAGAGAUUCCAGAGGUUUUGAUGUGGGCUAAGGAGCAGUCAGAGGAGUUGAGUCCCAACCUAACAAUAUUCACAGAACAUUUUAACAAGAUGUCAUAUUGGGUAAGGUCUCUCAUCUUGCAAGAACCCAAGGCUCAAGACAGGGAGAGAAUUCUCACAAAAUUCAUCAAAGUCAUGAAGCACCUGAGAAAGCUCAACAACUUCAACUCAUACCUCGCAGUCUUAUCAGCAUUAGACUCUGCUCCUGUCAGGAGACUGGAAUGGCAGAGACAGACAGUUGAGGGUUUGAAGGAGUAUUGUACAUUGAUUGAUAGUUCAUCAUCGUUCCGCUGCUAUCGGGCUGCAUUAGCUAUGGCUGAACCUCCUUGUAUACCCUACCUUGGCCUGAUCUUACAAGACAUCACAUUUGUGCACAUUGGAAACCCGGAGGAGCUUCCCGAUAAUGGGGGCGUCAACUUCGUCAAGUGCUGGCAGUACUUCCAAAUCCUGGACAGUAUGCGCAGAUUCAAACAACAUCACUACGACACACUGAAGAAAGAUGAGAAGGUUUUGCUGGUCUUCAAUGACUUUUCUGAGUACUUGGAUGAGGAAGCUAUGUGGCAGCUGUCAAAGGUCAUCAAGCCAUGAAAUCCCACUCCUGCCACCUAAAGUAAGAUCUUAGAUUCCAUGGAUGAUGUCAUCGUGGGUCUCCUUUUGUGGCUUCUGCCCCUGAAACCGUCAGAACACGGUUCCUACCUCUUCAGCCAUUAUCAGGAUCUUUCAUCCCUUGGAUGGCAUCAUUUCAUUCAUUACAUGGAUCCCACUCUUGAUUCCAUCUAGGAAGUGUCUCUAGUCCUGGUACCUUAUCCAGAUCUUUAUCGAGUAAAUUUUCAACAUGGAUUCAGCACUAUAUACCAUCUUAGUUGGGAUCUCUAUUAUGACACCAUUGCUGCAAUCAAGGAAUCCUUGGAAGGCAUCAUCAUACCUUAUUCCAUCCUUGAUAUGCUUUUGAUCGUGGGUGUCAACAUCCCACUCCUGCCACCUGACCAAUCAGGACUGUGGGAAUCCUAAAAUGAUAAUUGUUGUCAACCUAGAUGCUAUCUUGAAGGCCACACACACUUCAAAUCCUGUGGCUUGAUUGCAACUCUUGAUUUUGGUGCCACCCUUUUGACACCACCCUGUUCGAUGUACUCCUUUAGGAUGCCCAAGCAGUUGCAGCUAGUGCUAGAUUCCAGAAUUCUUAUAGUGGAUCUAUAUGGUCGAAGCCCGCGGAAGACAUUCUUUUGUCAGGGGACAAGCUUUCAGUCGCGUGAACUGCAGUGAAUCUGGUCUUGUUGUAAAGCUGUGAUGCUUGAAGUGCAUUGAAGAUUCAAUUGACAUGUUGGCUGUGCCAACAUUUAUGAAACUUGGCAUUAUGUGUUUUUGAAGGCUGCAACCUUCCUCAGAGGAGGUAUGAACAUUUAUAGGCAGUAAAUACUUUUUUCAGUAUUAAUGCGUGAUCCCACUGUGUGGGGGCUACACAAUAUUGAUUUACGAGGUGAUAACACUACUUAAUACAUGUUAUUUUAGAUGACCUGAUGGAUGUGUUUGAUUUAUUAGAUGUAGCAAAACAAGUAAUCUGACAUUUUUUUUAAUUUUAAUGUCAAUAAUAAGUUAUUUGGGCUCUGCCACUUGAUGUGGGGUUUCAGCACAAAACAGUAUUUCUCCAUGUGCUGUUUUCUGUUGUUUUUUAUUUAUUUAUUAAUCACUCUUCAUUUUCUGCUGCUGUGACCAUUUUAGUCAGAAUCAGCAUUAUCCAUUAUCAUCAUCAUCAUCAUCAUCGCUAUCACAGUCAUCCUUAUCAUCAACAUCAUCAUCUCGUUC